AUGCAACCAGAGUGUCUCUAUCACCAGGGAGUCCCCAUUCAACCAGAGUGUCUCUAUCACCAGGGAGUCCACAUUCGACCAGUGAGGAGUCCCCAUGCUCCCAGAGAGUCUCUAAAACCAGGGAGUCCCCAUGCUACCAGAGAGUCUCCAACACCAGGGACUCCCCAUACAACCAGAGUGUCUCCAACACCAGGGAGUCCCCAUGCAAACAAGAGUGUCUCUGUCACCAGGGAGUCCCCAUGCAACCAGAGUGUCUCUAACACCAGGGAGUCCUCAUGCAACAAGAGUGUCUCUUACACCAGGGAGUCCCUAUGCAACAAGAGAGUCUCUAACACCAGGGAGUCCCCAUGCAACAAGAGUGUCUCUAACACCAGGGAGUCCCCAUGCAACAAGAGUCUCUCUAACACCAGGGAGUCCCCAUGCAACAAGAGUGUCUCUAACACCAGGGAGUCCCCAUGCAACAAGAGUGUCUCUAUCACCAGGGAGUCCCCAUUCAACCAGAGUGUCUCUAUCACCAGGGAGUCCACAUUCGACCAGGAGUCCCCAUGCUCCCAGAGAGUCUCUAAAACCAGGGAGUCCACAUGCUACCAGAGAGUCUCCAACACCAGGGACUCCACAUACAACCAGAGUGUCUCUGCCACCAGGGAGUCCCCAUGCAACCAGAGUGUCUCUAACACCAGGGAGUCCCCAUGCAACAAGAGUGUCUCUUACACCAGGGAGUCCCCAUGCAACAAGAGAGUCUCUAACACCAGGGAGUCCCCAUGCAACAAGAGUGUCUCUAACACCAGGGAGUCCCCAUGCAACAAGAGUGUCUCUAACACCAGGGAGUCCCCAUGCAACAAGAGUGUCUCUAACACCAGGGAGUCCCCAUGCAACAAGAGUGUCUCUAACACCAGGGAGUCCCCAUGCAACAAGAGUGUCUCUAACACCAGGGAGUCCCCAUUCAACAAGAGUGUCUCUAACACCAGGGAGUCCCCAUGCAACAAGAGUGUCUCUAACACCAGGGAGUCCCCAUACAAUCAGAGUGUCUCUAACACCAGGGAGUCCCCAUACAAUCAGAGUGUCUCUAACACCGGGGUGUCCCCAUACAACCAGAGUGUCUCUAACACCAGGGAGUCCCCAUACAAUCAGAGUGUCUCUAACACCAGGGAGUCCCCAUACAAUCAGAGCGUCUCUAACACCAGGGAGUCCCCAUACAACCAGAGUGUCUCUAUCACCAGGGAGUCCCCAUACAACCAGAGUGUCUCUAUCACCAGGGAGUCCACAUUCGACCAGAGAGUAUCUAACACCAGGGAGUCCACAUGCAACCAGAGCUUCUCCAACACCAGGGAGUCCACAUGCAACAAGAGUGUCUCUAUCCCCAGGGAGUCCCCAUGCAACAAGAGUGUCUCUAACACCAGGGAGUCCCCAUGCAACAAGAGUGUCUCUAACACCAGGGAGUCCCCAUACAACAAGAGUGUCUCUAACACCAGGGAGUCCCAAUGUAACAAGAGUGUCUCUAACACCAGGGAGUCCCUAUGCAACAAGAGUGUCUCUAACACCAGGGAGUCCCCAUGCAACAAGAGUGUCUCUAACACCAGGGAGUCCCCAUGCAACAAGAGUGUCUCUAACACCAGGGAGUCCCCAUUCAACAAGAGUGUCUCUAUCACCAGGGAGUCCCUAUGCGACCAGAGUAUCUCUAACACCAGGGAGUCCCCAUACAAUCAGAGUGUCUCUAACACCAGGGAGUCCUCAUGCAGUCAGAGUGUCUCUAUCACCAGGGAGUCCCCAUACAAUCAGAGUGUCUCUAACACCAGGGAGUCCUCAUGCAGCCAGAGUGUCUCUAACACCAGGGAGUCCCCAUACAACCAGAGUGUCUCUAUCACCAGGGAGUCCCCAUACAACCAGAGUGUCUCUAUCACCAGGGAGUCCUCAUGCAACCAGAGAGUCUCAAACACCAGGGAGUCCCCAUACAAUCAGAGUGUCUCUAACACCGGGGUGUCCCCAUGCAACCAGAGUGUCUCUAACACCAAGAAGUCUAUAAACACCUUUAGAGAUCAGUAA